UCUUCAGGUUGUCUCCGAUGCACUCAAAACCUCAAAGAUGACAACGCCCACCGCCCAAUCCCAGCCUGUAACAUUUUCAUCUGCUCAAGAUGAGAAUUCUGCAAUCGCCCAAUCCCUAGCAGCCAGGCGACGGCGGUCACUAGCUUCAAUUUUGCGGGACUUCCGAAUUCGCCAGUCCGCUCAUAAAACAACAGGAGACCGCGUAGUAGAGGAAGAGUCGGAAGAAGAAGAAGAAGAGGAAGAUGAGUAUGACCAUCCAGAGAGGAUAAAUACCCUUGAUCUGGAAGCAUACAAACGUGCCAUGGGUGAUAUGAUAAAGAUGGAGCAAAGCGGGGAGGUUAUUGACCCCGACAGUAUUGAGACUGAGGCCGCAGGAUUGGAGUUUGUGUGGGACGUCUUGUUUGAAAAUCAACGAGGGAUUUACUUGCUAGGAACGGCUUAUUACUCGUCAAACACCCUGCUUCCAAAAGACCCGUCCACGUUUACAAGGCCAGAUCGCACGGCUCCGAUCACUUCUUCAUUUGCUCUAGCCGACCCUUCUCAGAACCCUACUGUGCAGCCAGUCAAGUCUUCGAAGAAAUAUCUUCGCAAAGUUAAAGCCAAAUCAUCUACUCCCACCCAAUCUAACAAAACAUCAUACACACUUGAGACUUAUCAGCCGCCAUCUCCCGAAUGGGAAUAUUUGACCCCUUGGAUGGUGAACAUGCGUACUGGAACAGAUGAGCUAGGGUGGAGAUAUAAUGCAUGGUUCAGGAAAAAAGGAUGGAGCAGCCAUGCCGGGAAUUUGGGCUGGUGGGGAUGGGUAAGAAGAAGGGAAUGGGUCAGAUUGAGGGUCAGGAAGCCCCGUAGGAAAGAAGAGGACAAACCGUCGGAAAAGAUAUAUCGAACACCGAGCUACAAGUUAGAGGAUCUGCUGAAUGGAGAAGUUUCGGGCAACGCUUUGAGAAUUCUGAAGUUAAUGGGGGAGCUUGGCGUGGAUCGUGAGAGACUCGAACUCUGGAAGAGCUGGCUAGAUGGCAUCCAAAAAGGGGGGCAGGUCUGGAACAGACUGCAAGAAUUAUUAGCCGAUAGAGAAGCUUCGACCCUACUCCAUCGCCAGUUCAUUCACUUGCCUUCUUACCAAAAAUUCAUGGAUCUACUUUCUGACCAUUCACUCUCUACUUCGCCUGCUCACUCAGAUACGCCCUGAGUUUUUCCAAUGCUCUAUACCUGUGAGAGAUCUUGUUCUUUUCUUCCCCAUCCAUCUCCGCGUACGUCCUUCCCCCACCCUCAAGAGGCUGGAAAAUUGGGUCCCAGCCGAAGACCUUGGAGCCCCGAGCAGGGACGAUGUUGCCUUCAGUGCGGCCUUCAAAGAGGAUAGGUUCUUCGCCCGGCCCUGGAGAAUAUGCGAAUGUACAGAGAGCAGUUGCGCGAGUGGUAGGGAACCCGUUGAGAAGAGUGUUUAGACCUAUCCCGAAUAGCCAUAAGUAAUGGAUUCGAGACACA